AACCCCAUUUGCCCCUUCGCUCCACCUCACCGCACAGCUGAUCAAAUGUCAAGAAAAUGGAGUUUUGUUACGCAUUUAUUAAAUCUGAUAAGAAAAAGCUACAAUAUGAAACAGAAUAAUAGUUUUUUUAUAACCUGCCGGGGUUAGAAUGGACAGCACGACUCCCUUUCAACCCUGGGCUGCAAACGAAGGUGCGAAAAAAGACAGGGAACUAGUGGAUGACGCGAAACAUCACAGGGAAAAUGACAAUCAUCCAAAACAUACGCAAACUGCGUCUUACGAUAAAGAAUCAGCCGUCGCCGCGAGCAUCGUCCCCGGGCCCUCGAGCGGCGCGGGCCCCGACGACCCCGCGCGGCCGCGGGAGCCCAACAUGGACUCGGCCAAGAUCGCCUCCAUGCAACAAAUAGUCGAGAACACACUCAGCCCUGAAGGCCGGCAACGAGUAUCCCAGAUACUGGAGGCUGUAGAAGCACUAAGCGGAACAGAAAGACUGCUGUUGUACCUGAGAUUACCCACGGGAGUGCCUCCGCAUGACCCACUCAAACAGCCCAUCAACCCACUAGGAUCAAGAGCUGAGCUCCAACAGACUGUGACAUGGAUCCAGACCCAUCUCGAAGUGGACCCGGACGUGUCGCUGCCCAAGCAAGAUGUCUAUGAUGAAUACAUUGCGCACUGCAUGAGCAGCAACAUGAAGCCGCUGUCCACGGCGGACUUCGGCAAGGUGAUGAAGCAGGUGUACCCCACCGUGCGCCCGCGCCGCCUCGGCACCCGGGGGAACUCCAGGUAUUGCUAUGCGGGGCUGAGGAAAAAGAUCAAACUAGAGGUGCCACAAUUACCCGACCUGGGUGAAUCAUCAAAGGAGUCAUCGACCACUUCAAGAGAAACGGAGCGCGUCGUUUGCGAGUGGGCGGAGUCCAAACUAGGUAUAAAGUUCGGCAGUCUGUCGGAGUUGUCACGACACCUGCUGUCGGCCAGCCUCGCUCGCGCGUCGCCGCCGCCGCCGCUCGCCGCGCUCUCGCAGCCACCGCCACUAGCAGUGCCAAGUGAAGACCCAGCGAGUCGGCAGUUGAUGAAACAGCUGAAGCGAAAAAUUCAGACGCACGGGCAGCCGGGGCGGCCCAAGAAGCAGAAGCCGGCGGAGGGCGAGGGCGAGGCGCCGUCCACGUCGUACGGCGUGAAGCACGAGGCCGCGCCCGAGCCGCCCUACGACUUCGAGCCCUACGAGCCGCGCGCCUGGCCGCCCUACCCGCCCUACCCGCCCGCGCCGCCCUACGAGCCGCGCGACCUGUCGCUGCCGCCGCGCGACCCGCUGCCCAUCAACCUGUCGGCCGACGCGUCGCUGGACCUGUCGCCCCGCGCCUGGCGCCGCGCGCUGCCCGGCAAGAAGCUCAUCCUCGAGACCUAUCAGAGCGAGCAGCAGCCCUACCUGCCCAAGAAGAUGCGCGCCGCCGAGUCGCUGUCCCGCGCCGAGCCGCCGCCCCCCGCGCCCGCGCCGCCCCCGCCGCCGCCCCACGACCAACAACAGGACCAACCUUUUUUAGAGGAUCCAAAAAACGCAUGUGACCGGGUAGGCCGCGGCGGGGCGGGCCUGGCCCGGUGUGACGGCGCCACCAUCUGCCGCCGGCGCCACAACGAGCUGCUGGCGCGCGAGCGCGUGCUGUCCAUCAGCGGGCUCGACAAGCACGCGCUGGACGACUACCUGCCCCCCGCGCCCCCCGCCCCCGCCCCCGCCGGCCCCGCCCCCGACCCGCUCGACCACGACGAGGAGCUGCUGCAGUACUUCCCGCGCCCCGCGCCCGCCGACGACACCACCGACCCUUUUUUAGACCGCGGCCUGGACCCGCACGACGACCAUAGCCAGGGCAAGAGCGAGAAGAUCUGCCAGCUGCGCGAGCUGCUCGCGCGCAACCUCAAGCAGCCCGACGGACGCUUCCCGCCCGAGCCCGCGCCCCCCGCGCCCCCGCCGCCGCCCCCGCCCGCGCUCAGCAACGGACACGCGCCGCCGCCGCUCGCGCUGCCCGAGAGCAACGGCUACCCGGCGCCGGGCGCGGGCGGCGCGGGGGGCGCGGGGCAGCUCAACGGCUCGCACGUGCCGCAGAGCCCCACCACGCGCACGCAGCUCUACGACUUCGUGCCCAUCUCGGAGGGCAGCGAGUCCCCGCACGCCUUCCCCCGCGGCGCGUCCCCGCCGCCCGCGCUCAGCUCCGCCGCCAGCCCCUUCGUGUCCCCGCGCAACACGCCCGUGCCGCGCUCGCGCCUGUGCCCGCGGCCCAUCCCCAAGCUCAGCGCCCGCAAGCGCCGCGCGCCGCCGCCGCUGCAGGGCGAGGGCCGGCGCUUCGCCGUGCCCGCCGGCCGCUACUGCCAGCCCAUGUCCGCGCCGCCCUCGCCCAACAUCCUGCCCGCCUACUACAAGGCGCACGCCUUCCCGCCGCUGCCGCCGGCCGGGCCGCCCCUCGCGCCGCCGCAGUACCUCAACGGCGACGCGCCGCCGCUCUCCGCCGACCCGCUGUCCAGCGAGGUGAGCCAGUUCUUCCUGGAGGAGCCGGGCGGCUACCGCCCGCACGAGAACGGGUUCCGCUCGCAGUCCGUGCCGCUGCGGCGCGACGCGGGGGCGGCCCCGGCGCGCACGCCCGCCGGCUCCGUGCCGCCCACGCCCGUGCCCAACGAGUUCUGCGACUUCGGCUCGCUGGCGGACGCGUGCGACAUCUCGCGCGCCGGCCUCAACCCGGAGACGCUGCACAAGAUCUACGACGCCAUCGACAGCAGCGACGACGCGCUGUCGGCCUCGCUGCUGCAGGGCGGCGCGCUGGACGCGGCGUGCGAGCUGAGCGACGAGCUGUCGGCGCUGCUGCCCGAGCCCUACGCGGCGCUGGACCACGUGGACGAGUUCCUGAAGCGCGAGGCGGGCGCGUCGCGCUCCGUGCCCGCCACCCCGCUGCCCUCCCCGCGCCGCGCCCGCGCCCCGCCGCGCCCCUGCCCCCCGCACAACGGCUACUCCAAGUCCGUGCCGGGCACGCCGCAGCUGCAGGAGAAGAGCGUGUUCAGCUACAGCAACCGCGACUUCCUCAUCAACGGCAACUCGGUGGAGGCGGGGGGGUGCGGGGGCGGCGUGGGGAACGGGGGCGGGGGCGCGCUGGGGUCGCCACUGCACGACAUGCUGCUGGCGCCGCUCACGCCGCACGCCGACCUGCUGGCCGACCUGGACAAGAUGGAGGCCGCGCCCUACGUCGACCUGUAGCCGCCCCCCGCCCCGCGCCCCGCCGCACUCCCUGCACGUGAGUCAAUCACUAGCGCCUUUACUCAAUUUAUCUACAACCGUCAUUUCACAUUUUAAGCACUUAUUUUCUAGGGUUCGAAAUAUGAUAGAAAAACGGUUUUAUUGUUGUCCGCCUUUUAUCAUUAUUACACACGAACCUCGAGUGUGUGUAUCGGUAGCUACUAGAUAGGUGCAGGUACAUCAAACAAUCAUCAAAUAGGAAAUACGACAUCGAAGUUUUAUAUGUAUUUUAUAAGUAGAUGUGAUACACCCGUGUUUAUAGUUGUAACAACUAGUAAAUAUAUAUUCUAUUAGUUAUUUUAAUAUGGAAGAUGGACAUUGCAUGACGCAGUAUGAGUUACUGCCCGACCAAUGGCGUGCCAAGCGCGCUCCGUAGCGACUAGCAUCGGUUAUCUCGACGAAUUAACAAUUAACAUAGAGUAUAGUUUAUUAAAUGAAUUUAUCGUAAGUUAGCACAAAGAUUUAAUAUAUUUUAUAAUCACAUUGGAGUUAUACUGAUAUACUUAGUAAACUUUGGGCGCAUGUAAUGCGCAUUGAGUGUGUUUAAAUGAAUCCCGCCUAUAGUGGUUGCAUUGAGCUUAAACGAGUGACCAAAUGAUUACUAAUGACUUGUUGGAUACGUAGAACUAUUAACAUUAGUCGCACCUUCUAUAUUCAAUUCCAUAGCUGUGAAAUUGUGUCAAUGGAGCCUUACAAAAUAAUAUACGAGUAGAUAAAUCUAUAAAUUAUAUUCACUGACUAACUUUUACAUUUAUACCUACAGUUAUUCUAUUUGACCAAAACUAUGUUUUAGCGAGGCCUAAAUUGUAUUUGUUUGGUGAUGUUAGGUAUUUUGUUUUCAAUGCCUGGCGUGCACUCGAAAUAUUUUUUAAAUAUCUGCGAUGAUUAUAGGUACAUAAUGAAUUAAUGAACGACCAAAAAUAACGUUUGCGACGCACGCUAGGUGUUUAGUUAGCACUUUGUGAUGCCCUCAGCCUGUGCCUGAAUAGAGAAUAUUAUUGACAUUCUGACAGAAUGCCUGUAGUUGAUUUACUAAAACGCUAGUACAAAGGUAAACUGAGACAACAGGGAAGUAAAUGUAAGCAACAGAAGACUGUUUUAAAGUAUGUAGUUAUUUUGAUCAAUAAUAUAUUUGGCAGAUUUCUUCUGUUUUGUUCAGUCAUACCUACAUUAAGGAAAAGGCACGAAGCCACCACUACUGUACCUACGACUAAACACAUACCUAGUAUACAUACAACAAACAGUACGAUAGGAAAAAUACUAUAGUGUUUAACAAUCUAAAUUGAUUUAAAACAUGUUUGUAGUAUACACCUUCUUUGCUUUCUUCGUCAAAGAUUCUUACUAACUAAUGUUCUACCAUUUUUGGUGGUAAAUAAGUACCUUAAUGAUAAGGCGUUGGUGAGAUAGGUGGAUGAGGAAGGGAACAUGUAUACGAUGGCAGCCUUCGAUGAUGAGAUCAUUGAAAAUCAUUGUAUAUUAAUUCCAAUUUUGAAUGGUAUCUAAUUGUUUACCAAAAUUGUAUAGUACCUAAUUAUUUUGUAAGUGUACAUUUUUGUAGUUACGUUUAGUGUAAUGAUUGUUUUCACGAGACGAUUAUCUGUAAAUUGCCUAGAAAACAUUUGUGGCAAGCCAUCAAUACGGUGGUGGGUCGUUUUGUGAGAUGUAAGGUUAUAAUUGUAACACAUCCAAACCACAAUGGCGCAGCGUUUCUUCAAAUUGAAGUGUUAGCUUUUUUUUAUGAAGGCCAUUUAAACUUAGAGCCUCGUAACGCUAGCCUAUGCCUAUGUUGUACUUUCCUUUACAUUGAAAGGACAUGUUAUUUAGGAGACAUACUCUGACUACAAUGCAAGAAUGCACAUAGAAACCUGACCCCUGUUAGAGUGACAUUGCUACUGAGAGGGGGUCAGGUUUCUUAGCAGCCCAUUACAAUAAAAUGUUGUUUAAUUUAAUGGGUGUUAAUGUUCGUAAUCUUCAAUCACUUGGAACACACAUUCGACCGAAGCUUGUAACACAGAGUAUGCCUCCAACGAAUAGAGGAGCAUGAGAGACCUCAAUAAGAGCCAGUUAUUAAUAUUAUGUUCUAUAAUUAAUGUAUAUUUCAUGUAACAUGUUAUCUUCAUAUCUGUGGCUGUUAUGUGCGUUUAUAAUCGUAGUAGUAUAAUGUGCGUUGUUGAAUGGAAGCCGUCGAUGACCGUCCUGUUGGCUAGAGGGUAGGCAGAUUAACAUGUUGUGGUUAAUUGUAAUAAUAGUUAAACAUUUGCUUUGAACGAAGGCAAUCAACUUAAUCAAUAAUAACAAUUUGUAAUGAAGAAUAAUUAAUGCAGAACCUGGUCAAUUUGAUUUGAACUGUAUUUUUUCCGUGUCUGUCUUCUG